CAUCCGCUGAGCGGUCGGUUCCCCAGAACCUGCCCGUGACCAUGGAGGCCAGGAUGUUCUGGCUGCUAGUGGUGCUCCUGGCCUUGGCGUCCUCCAGCUCUGCCGGGGAGUAUGUGGGCCUGUCGGCGAACCAGUGUGCCGUCCCUGCCAAGGACAGGGUGGACUGCGGCUACCCCCAGGUCACCCCCGAGCAGUGCAACAACCGGGGCUGCUGCUUCGACUCCAGCAUCCCCGGGGUGCCCUGGUGCUUCAAGCCCCUGCAGGAAACAGAAUGCACCUUCUGAAGUGACCACGCUUCCUAGACACCUGGGAGGGGCCCUUCGGCACUCGGCCCCUGCCCGGGGCUCUGCCCAGGACUCUGCCCAGGGCUCAUCGCUUCUGCUUUUCUCUCACCUGCUCCUGGCAAGGCUGCGCAGAGAGCUGAUGCCCACCCAGGGCCUGAUGUCUUAAAGAAUAAAGAUCCGUGCUCAGCAUAAGGACAGGUCAUUUCUGAGAUGUUAAUGUGGUUGUGUUUUAUUUCUGCGAGUCAUGCUCGCUCCCUUUUCAGCAUUUCAUGGGGUGUCUUAGCCUCUCCCAGCAGAGGGUCUGCCCCAGGCCUGGGGAGCAGGGAAAAAGCUCCCUGGCUACAGCCCUGGUGCCGUAGCGACAGGAGGGACCAGCCACUUCUUGGUGCCACUUUCCGUGACCCUUGAGAAGCAAGAUUUCGAAUGUACGCUCCCCAGAAAAAGAUUCUUAGUGUCUUUCUUGGCGACGAGAAAGCCAAUAAAACCAUCUGACAAAGGGG